AGCCGUAAGUGAGACGGAACUGAGCCGAGACGACCAUCGAACACAGCUAUUAAUUCCUUAGCUACAUCUUGAUGAUACCGCGGUAUUAUACAAACCCAACACUGCUGCUGCUGCUGAGCACUGACUACUGAGUUGAGAGUUCAUGAAAGAAAGCAGCCAGAAUAAUCUGAAAUAAUGUACGAUGUUUGUCAUCCAAGCUUUUACAAAAUUGGCGAGCUUGGUUGUCAAGAUGUCCUGCAAAUUUCAACAGCCUUUAAUGCUUAUAUCGAGCUGUGUGAAGUUAGAAAACUUUGGAAUGUUGAGUAUAAAUAUGAACCGGUGAUAAAUACAAUUUAUCUCACGGCAAAACUGAGCAACGUUGCAGAAACUCAGAUCUACGUGCCUUGGCCGGUGAAAAAAACCAUCAAACUCCACGAUAUUGAGCGACUUCAAAAGCAGCUGAAUUGUAACAGGUUUACUUUGGUAUUGAAAAGUGGUGAAAGCUCCAGUAUUUUUUAUGACAUACGCCAAGGUCUAAUAAAGCCUGAUGCCACAUUACGAAAUACGGAAAAAAUGCAUUCGAUAAGCCAGAAAAAAAAUGAAUUGAAUAAAACUCUCAAACGUAAUAGCCAUAAUCUGUAUCGUUUAGUUAAAAUUCAGAAAUAAAUAUCAUAACAAAAAAAAAAACCGAGUUUUUUCUACAAAAAGAAGAGUCA